UGUUCCCCUGGUUGGCUGAGGACUGGAAAGGUCCAACCAAUGUUUUUUACUUGCUUUAGUGGCUGUGGCUCCCUAAUUAAUUGCAGCUAUCUGUCUCCUAUCGAUGUGUGUGUACGUGUGUGUUGUGUGUGUGUGUGUGUUUCCUUUUUUCUCCCCAAACCGAACAUGAAAUAGUUUGUUGGGCUAUACUUUCUUUCUUCCUAUCGUUCCCCCCUUCCUUCCUUCCCGUCCUGGUUCGCAGGCAGAGACAGGACAGAUUGAGACCCAGCUGUGUUCGUCGCUUUUGGUCGUUGCCAUUUCCCCCCUCAUUGCCCGGUGAUGUUGGAUAUGGGAGAGCGCAAAGAGGUGAAAAUGAUUCCUAAAUCGUCGUUCAGUAUAAACAGUUUGGUGCCUGAGGCCGUGCAAAGCGACAAUAACAACCACCAGAACCAGCAUCACCACCAGAGCCACCACCACCAGAACCACCACCACCACCGGACCGGCGGAGUGGAUGAAGCCGAGCAGAAAGCGCCUCUCCCGGCCGUGCAGCAGGACAGCAAAGCGGACCCUAAAAGUGACUCCUCGAGCCAGGAGAGCUGCACGGACGAGAAGGAGAAGCAGCAAGAGGAGAAGAAGGACGGGAAAGACGGGGACGGAGGCGCAGGAGGGAAGGACGGAGAGAAGAAGAGCGGCAAGUACGAAAAACCUCCUUUUAGUUAUAACGCGCUGAUCAUGAUGGCCAUCCGGCAGAGCCCGGAGAAACGGCUCACCCUCAACGGCAUCUACGAAUUCAUCAUGAAAAACUUCCCGUACUACCGGGAGAACAAGCAGGGCUGGCAGAACUCCAUCCGACACAACCUCAGCUUGAAUAAAUGCUUCGUCAAGGUGCCGAGGCACUACGACGACCCGGGCAAGGGGAACUAUUGGAUGCUGGACCCCAGCAGCGACGAUGUCUUUAUCGGCGGUACAACCGGGAAGCUCCGGCGGCGGUCCACCACGUCCCGGGCCAAGCUGGCUUUCAAGCGGGGCGCACGGCUGACCUCCGGGCUGACCUUCAUGGACCGGGCCGGCUCAUUGUACUGGCCCAUGUCUCCCUUCCUCUCCCUGCACCACCCGCGGGCCAGCGGCGCCCUGGGCUACAAUGGUACCUCCUCGGGCUACCCGGGUCACCCCAUGUCUUACAGCACCAUGCUCACCCAGAACAUGGGCAACAACCACUCGUCGUUCCCGUCCUCCAACGGGCUCAGCAUGGACCGACUGGUCGGCGGGGAUCUCCCCUACGCGACGCAUCACCUGACGGCGGCGGCUCUGGCGGCCUCGGCGGUGCCCUGCGGCCUCUCCGUGCCUUGCUCUGGGGCCACUUAUUCUCUGAACCCGUGCUCGGUCAACCUGCUGGCCGGGCAGACCAGUUACUUUUUCCCCCACGUCCCACACCCGUCUAUGACCACGCAGACCGGAGGAAGCGGCGGCGGCUCCUUGCAGGCCGCCCGGGCUUCGGCCUCCAAUUCCCCGCAGGCUCCGUCCUCCUCCUCUCUGUCCUGUGACUCUCUGAGGCCGACUCUGUCCGGCUCUCUGCCGGCCUUCUCCUCGGGACUUUCCGGGGGUUUGUCAGACUAUUUUACGCAUCAAAACCAGGGGUCGACCUCCAACCCGCUUAUACACUAACAUCCCCAAACCCUCACCCCUCAGACUCACCCCUCCACCUUUUACCUCACCUCUCCAUCCAUCCUCCCCCUGAAGGAGUGAAAAGGACUAAAAAUGACGAACUGUAAGUCGAACAUUUUACACUGAACAUUUACAUUGUAAAAAAAAAGACAAAAUUAUUAUAAACCACCUACUAUAGAAAAAAGAGGAGAGACUUAAACUGCAAAACAAAAAAGAGCAGCAGAGAAACUCACAGAAAGCAGCCCUGAAGUUUCCAGCCGACGGAGAGGCGACAGCAAGUCUCCACGCCGUAAACCGAUCCGCCUCGGAGAGAGCGCGAGGCAGAGCGGGAGAGGAUUCCUGAUAUGGAUCUACCUCAGAAACUCAGCCAAACAAAGCCUCACCUGUUUUCACCGCCCUGCCUUGUUCCUCCUCCACCACCACCACCUCCACCUCCACCACUGCUGCUGCAUGACCAGACUCUAAAAUCCACUUUGUCAGUUUGUGCAUUUUCUCCUCUGGUUUUGUUUCCGUCAGGGAUUGUGGAAGCUUUGAUACACAGAAAUACCUGUUAGUAGUUGUCGAUCCUUUUCCCAAAUACCUCCCCCCCUCUACCACUCUUCCCCCGGUCUCACCGGAACAGAAAAUUACCCCAUUUACCCUCCUCCCUCUUCCAUUUUGGGUGUCCCAAAUCGGGGCCCCCGGGGCAGAUCCCAGACAUAAAAGUUAGCAUUGAGGAGCCGAGUGUCCGAUAUCAGUUAAUGUGAGAUACAACUAAUUAGUCCAUUAUCGGGCCCCCGCUCUCACCGGCUCAUAAAUUGGAGCCACU